CAGCUCAGCUCAUAAAUGCUCCUCUUCCUCCACACCUUUGGAAGCCUUGUCCACCUUUCGCUCCUUGCCGGCCUGCCAGCUGGGCGAAGACUUCGAGAUGCCAGCUGACUUCCUACUCCCAGAAAUAGUCUCACCUGCAGCCAUGGAGAAGUAUGUCUCGGCCAUCCAGAAGAUGGAACAGACGGUGAUGUUCCCAAGCCUCCUUCGUGGAGUCUCUUUAGAAGAUCUAGAAGAUGCCUUUGGGGCCGACUCAGCCGACAAAGACUUGUUUGAACAUUUUAUGGUGCUGAAAUCCGGCAAGGGGAUGUUGGAAGGCGGUUGGCCCUUAUCUUUGAGAAGAGAGAAGCUACCUGCGGUUCCUCAGCUGAAGGAGAACAUGGAGAAGGACAGCCUGGAAGAUAUCUUUUAUUAUCACUUGUCCAGUCUGUACUGUGUCCUCCAUCAUUUGACUCAAAGAGCCCAAGCCGUCACCGCCAAAUACAACGAAAUUAUGGAACGUAUCAACCGGAGCUAAAUGGUGGAGAAACACACACGAGGAAGCAAUCCAAGGUUUGCUCCAGUAUUGUUGCCCGAAAACCACUGAUGGACGAGAAAG